AUGAACACCACUACCGCGGCAGCACCCACCUUCCUUGACCACCACCAGCUCCAGUUCCUUGCCACCCACUCGCCAAUCUACUACACCCCUCACGAGUCCGUCAUCUCCGGCAUCCCGGACCACGUCCUCGCGCUCGCGGCGCCCGUCAUUAUCUACUGGGUCCUCAGCGCCUGGUUCCACGUUCUCGACACCGCCGGCUGGAAAUGGCCCGCAAAGUAUCGCAUUCACGAGAGCGCGGAGGUGAUGUCGAAGAACCUCGCCACGCGCGGGCAGGUCCUUCGUGAGGUCAUCCUCCAGCAGCUCAUCCAGACCGGUAUGGGCCUCGUCUGGAUGGAGCAGGCUCCUGCGGGCGCCGCCGUCGACCACGUCGCGGCCAUGCUCCGCCUCGCAGGCCCGAUGGCGUCUGUCGUGAACUGGGUUCUCGGCCCCGAGCUCGGUGGGCAACUGCUCGCGACGCGCGGCGCGUUCGGCCUCUACACGCUGUACUGGUGGGCGAUCCCGCUCGGACAGCUUCUCAUUGGCAUCUUCGUGAUCGACUCGUGGCAGUACUUCCUGCACCGCGCACUUCACAUGAACACGUACCUGUACAAGACGUUCCACGCACAGCACCACCGGCUGUACGUGCCGUACGCGUACGGGACGCUCUACAACCACCCCGUCGAGGGCUUCCUGAUGGACACGCUCGGGGCGCUCGUCGCGGAGCGCGCGGCGCAGCUCACGAUGCGCGAGGCGACACUGCUGUUCGUCGUGGCGACCGCGAAGGCGGUCAACGUCCACUGCGGGUACAACCUCCCCUGGGACCCGCUCCAGAUCUUUACCGCGAACAACGCGGACUACCACGACAUCCACCACCAGGCCAUCGGCAUCAAGUCGAACUUUGCGCAGCCGUUCUUCAUUCACUGGGACACGCUCCUCGGCACGCACAUGUCGCGAAAGGACAUCGAGCGCCGCAAGCAGGAGCAGAAGGAGAAGCUCAGCAAGGUCGAGUAG